ACUAGGUCCUCUUUUGUUUUUGUUAUAUAUAAUUGAUUUGCAAGCUGCUUGUGAUUGUAACUUGUUUUUACAAGCUGAUGAUUCUUCACUAUUGGUUUCAGAAUCACUCCUCUCAAUAUGAAUAAAGGGAGUGGCUGUCACAACAAAAUAUGCGGUAUAGAGACAAAAUCCUCUCAACACACUUCAGGCUGUUUGGAUACGUGUGCAACUAUUCGUGUGUGAGUAUGGGUCGAUUUUUUUUUCUCUUUGGAAAACUUAAAUGUCUACAAUAAAAUGUUAUGUUUUUAGUUUUGUUUAUAUACCAAGCAAAUGUACAGUGUUUUGUUGUGUGUCUAGUUUUGACUGACUAAAAACACGAUAAGUAUGCAAUCAUUCCACAUACAUAAACUAUAUGUAAAGAUUAGUUUUACCUUUAUUCCAUACAGAAUACUUAAGAAAACAACCUCACUAAAUAUGGCAGUGAACAGCACUACUGGCUUUUUUUCCAGCUGCACCUCCCACUCUGAAAGCAACUGUUCUGGUGAUGUGUUUUAUGAAUGCAUGGACUCCUAUCCAUCAAAUGUUCUCACUACAUUCAGUGUACUACUGAACGCCAUCCUUAUGCUGCCUCUGAACUGCUGGAUUCUGUGGCUGGCAAGAAGAACUACAGGUGCUGCAUCCUCAGACUUUGUAAUUUUGAACCAAUGUGUUGCAGAGGUCAUUGGUAACUCUUGCAUCAUUAUUUUUGUGUUGGGUGCAAUGCUUAAUAAGAAAGCUCUUACUCUUAUCUCUAGUUACAUGUGCAGUAUAUUCACAGUGGGUCGACCACUCUUUCAAACCUUUUUCUGUGUGGAACGUUACCUGGCUGUAGUCCAUCCACUGGUCUACCUAAGAUACAUUAAAGCCCUUAAGAUAAAACUGCCAUUUGUUGGGAUGGUCUGGCUGAUAAUCCUGAUAUUUGGAUGGGUAAUUGUGGAUUCCUACCCUAAAAUGCCUAAUUGGUUCUACAUAGGACUGUGUCUAGCUAUGUUAGUUGUGUGUAUAACUUGCUCUGCCAUGAUUUUGUGGGUUUUGAAGAAGCCUAGGCCAGGGGACAGAGAGAAAGAGGGAUCAUAUCAACUAAAAAGAAAGGCUUUUGUAGCCAUCACAGUCAUCCUGAUCACACUGUUGUUUGGCUAUGGGACAGCUGCAUGUGUUUUUGCACUGAGGGAUCAACUUCCAUAUCACACUUAUUGUUUAGCUCUAAGUCUAGGUUGGUGGAUACUUAUUCCAAGUGGUGCAGUUCAGCCAUACCUCUACCUGUCAAAAAUUGACAAGUUGCCAUGCGUCAAAAACCUUUAAUCUAUUCAGUGGUGUCUGUCAGUACAUUUCUCUUAUUUCACAAUCCAAAGAACAAUGUAUCUUGUAUUCAAUAAACCUUAAACUACUCCAUCAAAUUCACUGUAAUUUUGUUAUAAAUGAUCAUUAUACAAUAUUGUUUUGGAGAUAUAUUAGUUGUGUUCCUAAAGAAAACAGAUGCUUUUGUAAAGUAAUUUGCAAGUGGCCACCUUCUUAAAUAUAAUAUAUGCAAUAUCUGACACUUACCACUUUGCCAUUCAAAUAAUAUCAGGAUAUUUGUACAGUUUGUUUAUUUUAGGCAAUAGUACAACACCAUUUGAAGAUACCAGCAGACUGUUGAAUAAAUAUGAAAAUACACGAUGCCUUUCAGGUCCCUAAAUAUAUACUGUCAAUUGAACUGCU